AUGCCUGGCUCGGUAGGCAGCGAUGAGUUCGAUGGUGCAGAGGCAUUCAUCGUAGACAUCGACACCAUCCAAUCUCACGGCAUAGGUGCAGCUGAUAUCACCAAGUUGAAAUCCAAUGGCUUCUACACUGUUGCUUCCGUCCACGGCGCCACUCGCAAAACACUGUUGAAGAUCAAAGGUUUCAGCGAAGUCAAAGUCGAAAAGGUCAAAGAGGCCAUCCAAAAGUGCCUACCAUCUACCUCAGGCUUCAUGACUGCAAUGGAACUCCAUCACCAACGCAAAAAAGUCGUUCGCAUCUCAACAGGCAGCCAGCAAUUCGAUUCGAUCCUCAAUGGUGGUUUCCAAAGCAUGAGCAUUAGCGAAGUCUUCGGUGAAUUCCGCUGCGGCAAAACGCAACUCAGUCACACGAUGUCCGUAAUUGCACAACUCCCCAAAGAAAUGGGUGGUGCGAGUGGAAAAGUCGCAUACAUUGAUACAGAGGGAACAUUUCGACCGGAGCGAAUUGCCCAGAUUGCCGAGCGAUUUGGGAUGGACCCCGACACUGCGCAGGAAAACAUUGCGUAUGCGCGGGCACUCAACAGCGAGCACCAGCUUGAACUGCUGAAUUCUCUCAGUCGGGAGUUUGCCCGAGGCAACUUUCGGCUGCUAGUCAUUGAUAGCAUCAUGAACUGUUUCCGGGUUGACUAUUGUGGUCGGGGAGAACUGGCUGAUCGGCAGCAGAAGCUGAAUCAGUUCCUGAUGAAGCUGGCGCACAUGGCUGAAGUCCAGAGUGACCCUGGCGCUAGCGCACUAUUUGCUGGCGCAGACGGACGUAAGCCUGUUGGUGGACAUGUCCUUGCUCAUGCUUCUACUACUCGGGUGCUUCUGAGAAAGGGUCGUGGUGAGGAGCGCGUUGCAAAGAUUCAGGAUUCACCUGACUGCCCCGAGCGCGAGGCUGUCUAUAUCAUCACGAACGGUGGUAUCAACGAUCCGGACAAGGUUUGA